AUGCGAGGGGUCCAUCCGCACCCCCACCCCCCGGGCGUGCGGCUCUCCGCUGCCCUGCGCCGAGCUUCCCUAGCGGACGCGUCCCGCCUCCUUACCUCCCGACUGGACGGUCGGGACGGUCACAGAGCUAGAGGCUGGUGGGUCAGGGGCAGGGCUAGACUGCCCUCAUACCCUCCGGUCCACGGACCUUCCACUGACCACGCUGCUGCCCAGCUGCCCUCCGGGAGAGGAUUUCAGGCCCUGGAUCACUGGAAGUUCACAGAGGCCCAGAAGCUGCUGGCCCAAAGGAGGCCCCGCCGGCCCUUCUUUGAACCCUCCAUCCGGGCCCUCAUCAUCUUGUGUGCCUCCCUGGCCGUGGUCCUCUCCUCCCUCUCCAUCUGCGAUGGCCACUGGCUCCUGGUCGACGACCGUCUCUUCGGGCUGUGGCACUUCUGCACCACCUCCAACCAGGCUGAGCUGCACUGCCUCCGAGACCUGAGGCAGGCCCACGUGCCCGGGCUAGCCUCGGGCAUGGCUGUGGCCCGCAGCGUGGCCACCUUGGCCGUGGUGGUCGCCAUCUUUGGCCUGGAGCUCCUCAUGGUGUCCCAGGUGUCCGAGGACGCCCACUCGUCGCUCACAGCGACGUGGCCCCGGAGGCUUCAGGGCCCGGGGCCCGCGGUCGUUUGGGCAUCCCACCUGCCGGCCCACGCAGCGCUAGGCGCAGCCCAGACGCAGACCGGCCCGGCGCUCCUGCCCGACAGCAGCUGGCCCGAAGCCACUGGGAGCCACCAUUGA